GCAGAGUCCAGGAGAUGGAAACAAUGCUCUCCCUCUCCUCCAUGUCCCAUCAGAGUCGUCUCGUGGCGCAGACCAUCUCCUUACUCUGCGGCUGGGUCUAUGUCAGCCUGUGGACCAUAUCCUACUAUCCCCAGCCUCUGCUCAACCGACAGCGCCAAUCUACAGAAGGCUACGCCUUUGACUACCCUAUUCUCAACGUCUUUGGCUCGCUCUGCUACACUACAGGCACCACUCUGCUCUAUUAUUCCCCACUCGUCCGACGCGAGUAUGCGUUGCGCCAUCCAGCUAAUCCAGAACCCACCGUUCGCUUCAACGACGUCGUAUAUGGCCUGCACUCUGUUGCUGUCACCGCAACCACCCUCUCGCAGUUUUGGCCCAGCCUGUGGGGAUGGAGUAAGCCUGCUCUCAGAAAGCCCAGCAAAGUGACCAUUUCGAUCGUGGCGGCAGGCUUCAUCUGCCUGCUGAUUGCGAUAUCCAUAGCAUUCAUGCAGGAAACAUUUCACAGGCAUGAACUUGUUCGUGCCUCUUUCAUCUGGCUUGACGUGGUCUACACGCUCACAUACAUCAAACUCGCCAUCACAUUAGGGAAAUACAUGCCGCAAAUCUCGAUGAAUUACCGUCGACAAAGCACUUCGGGCUUCGCCAUCACCGGCGUUACUCAGGACUUCGUAGGAGGUCUUCUCUCACUUGCGCAAUUGCUCAUUGACUCGAGUUUACAAGCUGAUUGGACCGGAUUGACGGGCAAUCCGAUCAAGUUGGGGCUUGCCAACGUGAGUAUGGUCGCUGAUGUGGUCUUCAUGGUACAGCAUUACGUGCUGUAUGGGGACAUGGGAGGUGGAGGGGGACACACGGUUGAGGAGCAGGAGGAUGUGGAGAGAGAACGAGAGCCAUUGCUGGGGUGAGGUAAGGUAUCUAGGUUGUACCUCCUACCUCCUAGUACAUGUACCUCCUAGGAGGUCGGAGGUAGUGAGGAGACAUGUUGCAGGUCGACGACGGUACAUUGAUGCCGCGAGUCAUCUAUUGAGACUACCUAACUGUGUAACUGGAGAGGCAGAUAUCUUGGCGCCGGAAUGUGGCGACGAAGCUCGACAAAUGUAUGCAACGAAAGCCAAGAGAAUUACAGGUACCUACACCAUGUACCUGCGCGCAGCUGGUGAUGCUACACACAGCUACCUUAGGUAUGAUUACACAUCGCAAUGCUGGCGACAUUUGUCGC